AUGGAUAAGGAGAAUGUUUUUGAUGAUGAAAGCGAUAGUGAAGAUGAGGAAAAAGUUAUGCUGAAUCUGCCUGAUUCAGACGUCGAUGAGAUUGAAGAUCAAUUGAACGGCAUUGGUUUGAAUGAUGAUGAUGCAUAUCUUCCUCAUGAGAUGAACAAAGUGAUGCUCAAUAAAAGUCAAGAUUAUGAAAGUGAAGAGUAUAGUGAUGAUGAUUGUAUAUAUACAGGAGUGCCGAAAGAGUUGGUUCAAAAAAAAUUGAAAGCGCCUGGUUCUUGCUUUAUGAGAAGUGGAGAAGUACUGAUGAUUAAAUUUCUAGACAAAAAAGCUACUGGUGAUAAAGAAAUCUAUGUGGUGGACUCGAAAGGUACAGCUGGUAUCUUGCAAGUGGAAAGAUUCGAAAAAGGUGGUGUGAAAAAAUUCGUUUCUAAACCAUCAUCGAUUAUUGAUUACAAUCGAAAUAUGGGAGGAGUGGAUCUAAGCGAUAGUUCGCUUCAUCACGCACGUAUGGAUAAAAAUUUCGUUCGAGAUACUAUGGAAUCAACAGGAAUCGCUAGAAAAUCCUUGAAUGAAUUUACACCAUCUCAAAAACGUAUUGCAUCUGUGCCAUAUAGUAAUAUACCUCAAAAACUUUUGAAAUUUCAACAUUUUUCAAGCAAGACAGAUUAUAAUGAAAAUCGGCAGGGUCAUGUUCAAAAACGCUGUGUAUUAUGUCGUUCGAAACAAGUUCGAAAACAAACUAUCUAUUUUUGUCGGACAUGUCCUGAUACACCUGCUUUGUGUUAUCCAGACUGUUUUGAUGCAUUUCAUAGUAAAAUAUAG